ACCCAUUUAUAUAAGUAAAAGAAAAGCGAAAGUGAUAUAGAGAUUUCAUCACAAUCUGAUAUGUCAUCCCCUGCACGUUCAGAAUGCUCUGUAAUAUUGAGCAGUUGUGAAUCAUCGCCAUAUACAGAGACAGACUCAGCUGAUGAUCAGGAAAAUGCAGAUUAUCCUCUUAUUCCUUCUACAUUCAGUGAGUUUCGGGGACUUGCUGGCCGUAUGAAGCCAUUUUCAUUGACAUGUAGACAUAAAUCACCAUUACCAGAAGUCUCGUGGGCUGAGCAAACUGACCUGUGGCAAUCUAUGGUUCUUAAAGACACAAUUUACCGUAAAAACCCCAAGAUUCUCCUGAAUCAUCCUGAAAUAACACCAAAUAUGAGGGCAAUUGUUCUAGAUUGGCUAACUGAGGUAUGUCAAGUUUACAAGUUACACCGAGAAACAUACUACCUGGCUCAAGAUUAUAUAGAUCGUUUCCUAAUGUUGAAAUCAAACGUACCUAAAAGUUGUCUGCAAUUAUUAGGAGUAACUGCUCUCUUUGUUGCAGCAAAAAUGGAGGAAAUUUAUCCUCCAAGACUUGAUCAAUAUUCAUUUGUCACAGAUAAUGCUUGUUCAGACAGUGAUAUCCUUGCACAAGAAGUGGUCUUAAUCAUGGCUUUGAAAUGGGAUCUUUCCACAGUUACUAUCAACACAUGGUUGAAUGCAUUCCUGCAGCUUGCAUAUAUUGAAGACAGUGAAAAUUUAAUUGGUCCAAAGAAAUUUCCUCGCAAUAUGUUUAUUCAAAUAAGUCAAGUUCUAGAUUUAUGCAUUUUAGAUAUCGAGUGCCUUAGGUACCCAUACAGUGUUCUUGCUGCAUCAGCUGUAGCUCACUUUUUAUCUAAAGAAACUGCUAUGCAUGUAUCUGGACUCUCUUGGGAGGAAUUAUUACCUUGUGUCACUUGGUUGAAACCAUUUGUUGAAGUUGCCCAAGAAACUGGUGGUGUUGAUCUGAGAAUAUUUAGUGAUGUAUCUUCUGAUGACUGGUAUAAUAUUCAAACACAUAGUGCUGGCUUAACACUUCUGGAACGAGUGCAUGAAAAACAAAUUGAAGCUGCCCAAGAAAGUCCUAGCUUGGCAAUUAGACAGUUAACUCCACCAUUAAGCAAUAAGAAGAUGAAUAGCAUGAACAUAGAAAAUUAGUCAAAUAAAUAAUGAAUCUAAUAGCUUCAUAAAAAGAAGUGUGCAUUUUCUUUUCCAAGUUUUCUAGUCUCAUUAUGUUGCAUCAUAUGGGAAAGUGCAAAAUUUUUAAUGAAGUCAUCCAUAUGCUUUUUUUAUGUUUGUGUGUAGUACAUCGUUUCCCUCCAUUUUUUUAAUUUUUAGUAUCUAUAUUCACCUGAGAUAUACAUUUUGGGCAUGUUUUAAAAUUUCCAUCAGCCAUUAUUAACAAUAUUUUGUUUUAAGUUAAAAUUUAAUGUUGCAAUGGGAAGGGGGAAAGUUACCAAUUUACAUUUGUUAUGAAAUUUUCAUAGACUGGAGUGAUGUUUAUUAAUGCUUUUAUUCUAAUUAUUUUUAUGAGAAACUAGAAAUGUGCUUGAGACCUUUUAACAAAUAAUGUUGCAAUUUUUUAUAUGCUUAUAUUUUUAAAAAGAAGCAUUGUAUAAACAUUUGUUUUUAAUAUUAUUAUUUUAACUACUAUAUAUUCUCAAACUGUCAUAAAUAUACUGCAAUAAAUAAUAAAUUUUGAUAAGAAAACUGCAGUUUGGUUUUUAAAUAAAUACAAGUUUGUAAAGCAUAUUAUAAAUUGUAAACUUCAGCAUAAUGCUAAUUUGGGAAUUAAGAUUGUUUUUAUGUAUAGGCAUAUAAAAUAUGUAAAGUUAGUGACUUCUAAUUCAAUUAGCAUGAUUAAAUUAUUUAUUUGAAGUAUUUAUUUAUGUAAAGAUGGCAAAAGUCUGUCUCCAUUAUUAUAUUUUUCUCAGUUGACAAACUUCAGAAAUUCUUUUUCAGAGGUAUUAUAGAACUUUUCUCAAUAAUGUUCUCAAAAUUGAUAUUUCUUACACCAUUGUAUAAUUUCUUUUCUAAAAAGUGUUUUUUUAUAAAACAAAUUGUUAUAUUUUUAUGGUGAUCAGCAAGAUUCAAAAGGAAAUUAAAGAUUUUCUUCUCUUGAGUGUUUAUAAUUAGGAUGCUAAAAAUGGUAAUUUAGAAAUAAAUUACUUAUUAUGUCUUAAUUCUUUCAUUUGUUUUGGUUUCUAAAAUGUUUUAAAUUUUGCUCAAGACAACAUGCAUUUUAAACAAAAACUGUUUCAGCAGUUAUUCUGGUGGAAGGUUUAUACCUGAAAUUUGAGAAACAAAUUAGUAUUUUAUUGUUUUGAUUUCGUAGUUAAUAAAAGUAACAAUUUUAUUCUUAAAUAUCCAUCGGUUUCCUUUACUAAACUGGCUUUAAUUUAAUUUAGUAAAUUUUAUACCUUUGCCCAGUUUUCUGGUUACUAACAAAACUACUUUUUUAAUUAUUAAAAAACUGUCAAAUUUGUGUGACAUCUGUAAAAUGGAAUUUGAUUUUCAUGAUUUGGAUUCAUUAAAUGAUUGAGUUUUGAUUUUAUAUUGCAGAAUGUGCUUUCAUGCAUUAGUGUACAUUUCUCUUGGAGGCUGUUAUAGAAGCAAUUUUGUUAGCAUACCAAUUAGAGAGUUAAUUUCUACAAACUCUUUUAAUAAUUUACAACUGCUAAUGCAGAUUUUAUCAAUACAUAAGUUCUUAGCAUAUUUUGUUUCUGUACUCUAAACAGAAUUGCUAGUUCUUUAAAACCAAUUUAUAGGAGAGUCCAAGAUAUAAUAUAUUAAAUUUAGAAAAAUAUUGAAAGUUUUGUUUCUUCCAUAUGUAUAAUUCAUUUAUUGUAGUAACUACCUAUUUAUUGCUUUAUGUGCCAAUUUUCAUUAGUUCAAUAACAUUUUAUUGUCUUCAUUCCUGCAAAUUUACAUGCUGCAUUUUUAAUCAGAUUAGUACUUGUUGACAGCAUGUAUAUCUGCUUUUGUAUAUUUUCUGUUUGUAUAUUUAUUAUGUUCCUGUUAUUUGUAUGAAAAUGUCUAAAAGGGAGUGUGUUGUCUUAUAUAUUUGAAUUUAAUUGUACUUCUGAUGAAUGUAAUUAUUGUACAUUUUGAUUGUAUUUUGAAACAAUGAGUUAUUAAUAAAAUUACUUAAAAAGCUGA